AGAGCAGCCAACAGGUCCUUAGAGGAUUCCAGAUGUGUUCACUAAUGGAGAGAAUGUUUUGCCUCUGCUGAAGGGUGAAAGUACCUGUCUGGAUAAGCUAUAAGGAGGACUUGGGGAGAAAUGCAAGUACAGUACACAUGCUGUGCUGGCUGAAGGGGAAAGCAUGGCAAGUACAGCGCUGUGUGUUGCUAAUGCAUCGGCCUCUCAGAAUCUCCGGAAAGUGCCUGGGUUUGUAGAAAAUAAAACCACACAGUGCUCGUUUUCCAUUGAAAGUAUUUUGGGACUGGAGCAGAAAAAAGAUGGCAUUCCAGCUGUGAAACCUCACAGACCAUGGAUGGAUGCAUGCACAACCUUGGUUUUAGGUGAUGACAGCAAUCCCCAUCUCCAAAUUCCUGUUGUUUGCUAUGAAAAUGCAUUAUUUCAUGCCAACAAUAAUCCAGUACAAGAGGAGAAAAUUUUGAAGUGUGAAAACUAUUUUUCAGUCUCUGAAAGGCUGUCUUUCAAGCGAGACUUGAGCUGGUACAGGGGUAGAAGACCAAGAACUGCAUUCACUAGAAACCAGAUUGAAGUCUUGGAAGAUGUUUUUAAAAUGAACUCCUACCCUGGCAUUGAUAUUAGAGAAGAGCUAGCUCACAAGUUAGAUUUAGAUGAAGACAGGAUACAGAUCUGGUUCCAGAACCGCCGUGCAAAGCUGAAAAGAUCACACCGAGAAUCGCAGUUUCUAAUGGUGAAAAAUACUUUCACUUCCAGCCUGCUAGAGUAGAAAGAAGGAUGGUUUGGUGUUGUGGCACUGCAGUAGAACACGAGAAAUUAUUGGAAUUUCAUACCUUGUAUUAAGUAAUGAUGAAAUAUUAAUUAUAAUUUUAUCUCCAGAUUUGAAAGUUUAUCUUAAUUUUCACUCAAAUAAACUGUAAAUAUUUCAA